UCUACAAUAUCAUAUAAACUUUUAUACUAACUCAUGUAGCCUAACAACCCUCUUGACUCUCAUGUCUACUCCAGAGCAACUGGUCCAAACACUACCCGUCUCGAAGCCGUCCUGACAUCUGUCAUCGGUGCUCCAACCGUAACUUACUCUUCUGGUCUAUCCGCCUUUCAUGCUAUGCUGGUUCACUUGAACCCUAAGCGCAUUGCCAUUGGAGACGGUUACCACGGCUGCCAUGGUGUCAUCAGCAUCAUGACCCGUCUAACAGGCCUCAAGGUCCUGGCCCUUGACUGUGCCGUCGAGGACCUCGAGCCUGGCGAUAUCAUCCACGUCGAGACACCACUGAACCCGACAGGUGAAGCCCGUGAUCUGGCUGCGUAUGCAGAGAAGGCGAAGAAGGCCGGCGCUUACUUGACUGUCGAUGCAACAUUUGCGCCGCCUCCUCUGCAGGAUCCUUUCCAGUAUGACGUUGAUGUGGUUAUGCAUAGCGGGACGAAAUAUUUUGGCGGCCACUCCGACAUGCUCUGCGGUACACUUUCUAUUAACCGCAAGCAUACUAACUGGGAAGCUGCUCUUCUUAGUGACCGUAUGCUCAUCGGUUCUGUCAUGGGUAGUCUGGAAGGCUGGUUAGGUAUUCGCUCGCUGCGAACUUUGGAGCUCCGUGUUCAACGUCAGAGCGCCACGGCUACUGCACUCGUGGCCUGGCUGGUCGAGCAACAGCGUGAUUCUUCAUCUGUAGUCGGUGCCCUGGUCGAGCGGAUCCAGCAUGCUAGUCUACAGCCCGAAGCGUCUGUUGAAGGCAGCUGGCUGCAAAAACAGAUGCCAAACGGCUACGGGCCUGUGUUCUCAAUUUAUCUCCGUGAUGAGGAGCACGCCAAGCGGUUGCCUUCCAAGCUGGAGCUAUUCCACCACGCUACCAGUCUAGGAGGCGUGGAGAGCCUUAUUGAGUGGCGUGCAAUGACGGAUCCCAAAAUCGACAAGAAACUGCUGCGGGUCAGCAUCGGUGUUGAAGGUCUCGAGGAUUUAAAGCAAGAUCUUCUCCAGGGUCUGGAGGCUUUGAGAAAGAAAUAAGGGGUCUAAAAAUGAAAUGGAAAAAAAGAAAUCUUAGACGACACAAGCAUUCAUCGCGAUAGAAAGAAAAGAUAAAAUCAGUCAAGGCAAACUCAUAGAAGAAAAUAAAGAAAUCACGAGAUGAAAAGAAAAAAAGAAUGUAACUUCCACAAGCCAAAGAUAUGACGAGCGUAAGAUGCCGUAACUCUAAGUGUACAUGAUGCCAGUGAGAAUGUGAAGGGUCGUGUGGGAGCUCAGAUGUAGCUCAAUGACAAGGGAGUGUGAAUGCGUGGUUGGGGAAAUGACAUAUAAGGGGAACUCGAAACUCGUACCCGCCCGUCUCAGAAACGUCUAUCCGUAAGGGGAAAGGAAAGUGAAGAAGAAAGAAGAAGACAAGAAAGGC